AUGCAAUCCUAUAUGAAGAUACCGCUGGCCACUAAGUUAUGUGUUCUGCAGUUACUACUGAUCACCUUCUGUUUUGCAAAUGACAAAAACAGGAGCAAACCAAGUGACAGGGUGAGUUCUUUUAAUCUUUUAAUCAAACAUUGAGUAAUCGGAAAAUUCUCUAGCAAGGAUAUAUGCAUGUAUGAAGUUCCUAGCCUGAGAGAAUGGAAUGAAGUAAGAUGGAACGGAAUAUUGACAACUUGGGGGGUGUUUAAUGAAAUUUGUUGUAAGACGAAUGAAAAGUGGUACAGUUUAACAAGCUAUUUACGUAAAAAAAUGGAAAGAAUAAAAGAAUGUUUUAUGAAUGGCCGGUUUGAUUUGGUGACUCCAUCAAUGUCUGGGUGUUAAGCGAAAAAAAGAAAAGACGUGUAGAUUUUUUUUACAUCUACAGUUCCGAAAAUGUCUUAAAGAUUUAUUUAAGUUAAAAGAUAUUUAGAGCCAACAAGAGAUAAUGAAGCCAAAGAAAUUGCUCCCAUAGGACAAUAAUGCCUCUCGCCUUUUAACAUUCCUUUAGAACACCCCUCAAAAGACCUCAUUAUAUGGAUCCUGUGGUCAUGGUGGGUGUUUCUGUGCACCGGGAAUUCCAGGCAUCCCAGGAAGUCCUGGUUCUGCGGGAUCAGCAGGUGUUGCGGGAUCACCCGGUAAUCAUGGACCUGAGGGACCCAUAGGCCCACGAGGAAACAAAGGCGAUGAAGGAGCCCGUGGAAGACAGGGACCACUAGGUCCCAGUGGUAACAAAGGUGAAGAUGGUCCCCCUGGCCCCAAGGGACCUCAAGGACCCUCAGGUUCAGCUGGUUCCCCUGGAAACAAGGGUGAUACUGGUGCUCGUGGAAAGCAAGGUCCCACUGGCCCCAAGGGACCUCAAGGACCCUCAGGUUCAGCUGGCUCCCCUGGAAACAAGGGUGAUACAGGUGCUCGUGGAAGUCAAGGUCCCCCAGGUCCUAAGGGUGCUCCAGGAUCGUUUGGUCGUAAUUGGAAACAGUGCGUUUUUAAGAAACUGAGCGAUUCAAGGGAUUCUGGAUUGAUAAAGGUAAAGACUCAGUUUACAGUUAAAGAAAAUUGUGAGGUUAGCCUAAAGUAAAUAAGAGAUUAACUAACUUCAGAUUUGAAAAUUCUAGUUUUGUCAACUUUUUCAGGAAGAAUGAUUUUUAUUAACUACAACGUAACAGGCCUGGAACUAACCCAUGGCUGCCUUCAAAUAAUAUCUCUUUAUUCAUUAUUUAACAUUAAUUUUUUUAAGUCCGAUUGUUUCAAUUUUGGUUGCUAAAGUUGCUGAUCUUCAAAUGAUAGAUCUAUGAUGUUCUAUUUAUAUUUUCACAGGAAUGUAUUUUCAAGAAGCUGUCAGACAACACAGCGCCACGUGUCUCCUGGACUGGUGCUCUUCGAAUCCGUAACUGUGACGCCUGCUGCAGUCGAUGGUAUUUCACCUUUAACGGUGCAGAGUGUUCAGCUCCAGCAGCCAUAGAUGGUGGAGUCUACAUGCAGUAUGGACGUGGCAGCAGACUAAAGGAUUUGCACCGCGUACGUCACAUUGAAGGAGUCUGUGAGAAAAUCCACAAAGGCACAGUGCGGGUGGGAUUCUGGGUCGGCAAAUGUAGCAGUAACAAGUCUGCUGAUGCUCACACAGGCUGGCCCGGUGUGUCCCGGAUGUACGUGGAAGAAAUACCUCCCCCACAGGCUUAA